AUGGUUGAUGUUGAAUCCGGUCAUAUCAGAACUGAAGUUGAAAGUUCACUCGAGGGCACCCGAUGGGAUGGCGUAUCAGAAUUUGGGAAAGGUAUGAUUUUCAACACGAAGGAUGACCUCAUUCACUCCGUGCGCGUCCACCAUGCGCAAACACACCACAAAUUUAAGGUGGUGCAAUCCACCCAAACAACGUGGAUGGUUAGGUGCAAUGCAGACGAAACCUGUGUUUGGCGGUUGCGUGCAACUCAACGUAAAAAGCAUGGGCUAUUUGAAAUUACACAAUACAGAGGGCCACAUACAUGCAUAAACGAGACUCUCUCGCAGGACCACCCACAACUGAAGUCUACCUUAGUUGCAAAUGAAGUCGUAGAAAUUAUCAAAAGUGAUGCCGGUGCUUCUAUUGCAGCUUUGCAAACACACUUGAGGUCAAAGUACCAGUACCAUGUAUCAUACAGAAAGGUUUGGCUCGGGAAGCAAAGGGCAGUUGCAAGGGUGUUUGGAGAUUGGGAUAUUUCAAAUCAACUACUUCCAAAAUGGAUGCAUGCUAUGUGUGAAAUAAAUCCCGGUACAAAGGUGAAGUGGGCGUGGACAGAAAUCCCUGAUGCUAACAACGCUGCUAUUUUGACAUGUGUGUUUUGGUCAUUUGCAGCAUCAAUAGAGGGAUUUCGUCAUUGUCCUCCAGUUCUCUAUGUGGACGGAACUCACUUGUACGAAAAAUAUAAAGAUAGACAUGUCGGUAUUCUUGCUGCCAUUCGUCAGAACGAUGACUGGCAACCACCGCGUGCGCACCAUCGGUUUUGCUUACAUCACAUUGUUAGCAACUUCAACCAGAGGGUGCACAAUACGAUGCUCAAGCGGAUGGUUGAAAUAGCUGGUAGGGAGCACCAAGUUAGGAAAUUCAAUAGUAUGAUGGAAAGAAUCCUAAGAGAGGGUGGGCCAAUUGCAAAGUCCUUUUUUGAAGAGAUACCUCCUCACAUAUGGACGCAAUGUCACGAUGGUGGUCGAAGUGCCCGCCGAGAGGCAUCUCGCCAAGCAAUGGAGUCGGGGAAUGGUUACACACCACAUAUGUUGUUGCAAAUGCAAAGGAGGGAGAUGGCGUAUGCUGGACAUGAGGUUAUCAACUUCAACAUUGAAAGGGGGUUGUUCAGCAUUCAAACUGCACCGCGGCCACCAAAUAAGGGUCGAAAUAUUCAAACAGUUGACAUAAAGGGACGUCGGUGUACAUGUGGGAAGUGGCAGAAUCUACACUACCCUUGUUCUCACUUGUUAGUUGUCUGUGGUGCAAAAAGAUUGGGGUUUAGAACCUAUAUUGACCCUUGUUUCACGGUACAGGAGCAUUAUGCGACAUAUGCGAUGGACUUCAUUCCCAUCCUCCAUGAACAUUAUUGGAGGGAUCCAGUAGCGCCAAUAUUAUACGGUAAUCGAAAUUUGCUUAGGCAGAAAGGACGCCCUAAAAGUUCGAGACUGCGUAACGAAAUGGAUGUACGAGAGGGUAGUCGGAGGAUGCGGUGCGGGUUUUGCCACCAAGAGGGUCACAACCGCAAUCGAUGUCCAAGGAGGACUGGAGGUCAUGACAAUGCUGGACCAUCAUAA